AUGAGGAAGCAGCGAGAGUAUAAAACGCCCUAUUCCUGUUCAUUUUCCCUACAACACCCUGAACCCAACGCAAAGAUGGCAUUCUUGCUUCUGUUCGUGAUGCUGACAGCCUGCGCCGCGAGCCCUCAAGAUCUUUCAGGACAAGUAUUCACAUUUCCAGAGGAAACUAAUACAACUUAUGUGAGACUGAAUGCGUCCGUCCAGAGUUUCAGUGCUGUGACUGUCUGCCUCAGGUUCAUCACUGACCUGAGCAGAUCCCACAGCCUUUUCUCUCUGGCCACUCCGUCUGCCGCCAAUGCCUUCCAGAUCAGGACGGAUCCUGUGUCUUCCGGGUUUAUCGUGUUCGUCAAUAACAGAGUGGUGCGAUUCUGGGGGCUGAACUACACGCCCAAUCGGUGGCACUCCAUCUGCUCCACCUGGGAUGGCGACUCCGGCCUGGUGAGGCUCUGGUUUGACAGCGAGUCCACAGUCAGCAAGUUUGCUGGUGGAACCGGCAUCAGUGAGCCGGUCAUUAUUCUCGGACAGGACCAGGAUUCCCUUGGGGGACGCUUUCAGGCCAGGCAGUCUUUUGUUGGCAUGCUGUCCAACGUCCACAUGUGGGAUUACACACUUUCAGCUUGUGAGAUCCAGAACUACGUGGAUGAUCUGAACUUCGGUCUGGGAAACGUGCUGAACUGGAGGGCGCUGGAGUUCAAGGCCACUGGCAGGGUGCUGCUGGAAGACAAGAUGUUGGCCUGUCACUGAAUAUCAAUGAUCUAAACCUUCUGUUCAUCUUGAUCAUCAAAUGUUUUUCCUCUGCAGAUUUUCUGUCUCUACAUUCAGUCUGAGGCAAUUGUAAUGACUUUUACUACUUUCUUCCUCUCAGAAACAGUCCGAUUGUUAUAAAGGUUUUACCUGAUCAGCCAAAUCAUUUAAAGGACUGUAAACUGUUGUUUGAUGUAAUAUCUUCAUAUUAUGAAUUACAUACUAUAUCGCAGAAAAUUUUGGAAAAAGAUUAUAAAAAUAAUUGAUUAAAAUCGGCAAGUUAUGCCCUCAUAUUAAACAUCA